GUGUCUCAUUUUUAUAGUUUAGUUGCGGCGUCACGAGAUUUACGUUUACUGUACAACAAUUGGAAAUAUUUCUCCGUCAAAUGGAUAUCAGGAAAUUCUUUGAAAGAGGGACAACACGCGAAAAAAGAAAAAAAAGACGAGAAAGUAGCAGUGGAAGCGAUGAAAAUGACAACCAUGAUAAAACUACUCAUGUAAUGCCAAGAUCAUUGCAUGCUAACAUUGCACAAGCGUCACAUUCUCCAGCAGAACCUGUAAAUAUAUCUGUUGCCGACUAUUCUUCUCCAUCGACAUCCCAACAAACUUAUGACGUCAACGUUGAUCCUGAAAUUAUAGUGGAUGAUGGCUAUCAUGAAAAUGAUCUGGGUCGUUAUGUUGGGUUGGCUACCCAGCUAUCGACGGAAAAGAAGAGGGAGUUGUUACAAAAUCCUUGGAUCCCACCCAGAACUUACGAUUUUGAAAGUGAUGCAAGCCAUUUGAAAAGAAAAUUUAAUCAUGCUUGGUUGGAUCAAUAUGCACCAUGGCUAGUAUAUUCCAAGCGACUAAAAGGCGCUCUCUGUAAGCAUUGUGUUUUGUUCCCUCCGCCCAUCAGCACUGUGAGAGGAAUUUUGGGAUCAUUUAUGGUCAGGCCAUAUAUAAAGUUUAAAAAUAUGCAUGAAGACUGCCGAAAGCAUGCAACUACCAAACUUCACCUAGCAGCGGCAAAUGCUGCAAAAAAUUUUCUUGAAAAUGUUCCUGUAGACAUCCAACUGCAAAGUGGACACUAA